GCUUGGCCUCACCAUGGUUUCCUGCCGUGCCUGCAACCCCAGGCUGCUGGUGGCCCUUGUGUUUGGGCUGCUGAUGACCAUCGUUCUGGGACUGGCCAUCUGGAGGCUGGUGAUCAGGAUCCAGAGAGAAGUAAUUGCUCCUCCAUCAAGCAUCCCCACAGAGUUCUGCCAGAAUGGUGGAACCUGGCAAAAUGGCAGAUGUCUUUGUACAGAAGAGUGGAAAGGAUGGAGAUGUACAAUUGCUAAUUUCUGUGAAAAUAGUACGUAUAUGAGUUAUACUUUUGCCAGAAUUCCUGUAGGCAGAUAUGGACCUUCCUUGCAAACAUGUGACAAGAACACUCCCAAUGCGGGCAGUCCACUGGCAAUCCGACUGUGUGGUCUGUCUCUGUAUGGAGAGAUAGAACUGCAAGAUGUGAAAAAAGGAAAUUGUGAUGAAAAUCUGGAAACCUUGGAGGGAAAGAUAGAUGAUAUCCCAACAGAAUCUGAGAGUAUUUCUAACCACACCCAGAUUUUAACAUCUGAUGCCAGCAUAUUGACUGCUGACAACAUUACUUCUGCUACUGAAGUGGUUGGACAGAUCUUCAAUGCAUCCAGAAAUGCUGCACCUGAGGCAAAAAGAGUUGCAGUGACAACAGUGAGUCAAAUUCUAGAUGCCAGUGAAGAUGUUUUUCAAAGAGCUGCUGCUGCUGAUAAUGAUGAUUCCUUUGCAACGCUUAUUGAGCAAAUGGAGAGUUACUCCUUAUCUUUGGGUGAUAACUCAGUGGUGGAACCCAAUGUAGCUGUACAAUCAGUUAACAUCUCUUCAGAAGGCUCUCUGGGCUCCACGAGUGUUCGCUUCUCUGUGGAGAAAGGAAGUAGUGAUUCUCUAGUUUCUGGUUCAACAUCAGUAGAAACAAACGUGGACGGUCUGAAUCCCAAUGACAGGACUGAACUUCAGAUCUUGCUCAAUACGACAAAAAAUGCUCAGACAUGUGGCUUUGUGGUGUAUCAAAACAGCAAGCUUUUCCAGUCAAAAACGUUUAUAGCUAAAUCUAAUUUUAGUCAAAAAAUUAUCUCAUGUACAACUGAUGAAAAUGAUCAAGAUCAGAGUGCAUCAGUUGAAAUGGUCUUUAGUCCAAAGUAUAACCAGAGAGAAUUCCAACUCCAUUACUACGCCUGUGUCCAUUGGAAUUUUUUAACAAAGGAUUGGGACACAUAUGGCUGUCACAAAGACAGGACCACUGAUGGAUUCCUGCACUGUCGCUGCAACCAUACUACCAAUUUUGCAGUAUUGUUGACUUUCAAAAAGGAUUAUCAAUAUCCUGAAUCACUAAAUGUAAUAUCCAAUAUUGGAUGUGCACUCUCCAUUGCUGGUCUGGUUCUCACAAUUGUGUUUCAGAUUCUCACCAGGAAAGUCAGAAAAACUUCAAUAACUUGGGUGUUGGUCAGUCUGUGCACAUCAAUGCUGAUUUUCAACCUCCUUUUUGUGUUUGGAAUUGAAAACUCCAAUAAGAACUUGCAGACAAGUGACAGUGGCACCGAUGAUAUUGACUUUGAUAAUAACGAAAUACCCACAACAGACACUAUUGGCAUCCCGAAUCCCACAUGUACGGCGAUUGCUAUCUUACUGCAUUACUUCCUCUUGGUGACAUUUGCCUGGAAUGGACUCAGUGCUACACAGCUCUAUUUCCUCCUAAUUAGGACCAUGAAGCCCCUUCCUCGACAUUUCAUUCUGUUCAUCUCAUUAAUUGGAUGGGGUGUCCCGGCGAUAGUAGUGGCCAUAACUGUGGGAAUUAUCUAUUCUCAGAAUAAGAAAGACUCACAAUGGGAGUUAGACUACCGGCAAGAGGAAAUCUGCUGGCUGGCAAUUCCAGAAAGCAAUGAUUUUAUAAAAAGUCCAUUUCUGUGGUCAUUCAUCAUACCUAUAACCUUUAUUCUCAUUGGCAAUGUUGUUAUAUUAAUUAUAAUCACAGUCAAAGUACUAUGGAAGAAUAACCAGAAUCUGACAAGCACAAAAAAGUUUUCAUCUAUAAAGAAGAUUAUUAGCACAUUUUCUAUUGCAGUUGUUUUUGGAAUUACCUGGAUUCUGGCAUAUUUUAUGCUAAUUAAAAAUGAUGACAUCAGACUGGUCUUCAGCUAUAUUUUUUGCAUUUUCAACACUACUCAGGGACUGCAAAUUUUUAUCCUCUAUACUGUUAGAACAAAAAUCUUCCUGAGUGAAGCUUCCAAGGUGUGGGAGUCACUGUCAUCAUCGACUGAGAAAGUGAAGACGCUGCCUGGGAUGACUCCGAUACGGCUGCGAGUGAGGAUGUACAACAUGCUCAGGUCCUUUCCUGCGCUACAUGAACACUUCAGACUGCUGGAGCCAUCGGUUUCUGAGGACAUCACAGUCUCUGAAAGUGACCUAGCAAACUCAAGCAUCUAGACUGUGUUACCUACAGUCAUCUUUUUAUUCAACAUGUGUGAGUUUGACCUGUUUCCUUCUUACAUUUUUCCAGAAAGUUUUCCUCAAUAUAUUUUGCUCAGGAUCAAGAAUUAGGAAAAACCCAUUAUGUAUCAUCGUCAGGGAUAAUGGAUCUUGUAGAUUUUAUAAUAUUCAAUGGAUUUUUACUCAAAGGAAGUGAAGAAUUUCACACAGCAUUCCAGAUUACCAUUGUUCUGACAUCAUGAAGUACUUAUGAUACACUUUGACAAAAAUAUAGAAAUGUUUUUUACAAUUUACUAAAGCGACAUGGAAACAAAAAUGCUCCUUCCAGAACAAAGUGACUCCUGGUGGGCAGUGUAGGGAGUGGUUUGUAUGUGUCGCAUUUUUGAUCUUUGAAUUUGAAAGUUGUGUAUGCUUAUAUUUUCAUCACUAAUGAAUAAUUUGGCACCAAUUUAACCUCUUUUUUAAUUUGUUUUGUGAUCAGAAGAAUCAACUCUAUAGGAACCAGUCCUUGAGACUUAUUAGUUGGCUACUAAAUCCUUUGGAUAUUUCCUGCAAGUUCAUAGUAUAUUUGCCCCCUUAAUAAUGAACUGACACAGAGAUUCAAGAAAUCAAAGUUGCAAUCAUCCCUUAUGGCUUCUAAAAGAUCUAUCUACUCAUGGAAUUCCAAACACUGGAAUUACGAAUGGCUUCCUAAGUGAAAAGUGACCUCCUUUGGGGUGGGGUAAGUAUUCCACAGAACAUAGGAGGCACAGUCAGAAUUGCUGUUUCUGUUUUGCCAUCAACUAGGCAGCUGCUGUGAGUGCACUGAAUUAAUAGGCCAACAAGUGUCAUGUGCCCUUGGCAUACCCUUCUCAGCACUAUCUAAAGAAUGUGUGUUCUUAUAGAAAUAGUUGUAAAUGACUAUUGGAUUCUUAGGCAAGCCAUCAAAAGCCCAUUUAAUCUGUGUUACAAAUGAGACCUUAUGGGAGAAUAGAGAAAGGAAAGGAAAGAGAAUAAAGGAGGAAAGCAGUUCCCCAAGGCCAAUGUUCUUAGUGGAGUUGCAGUGCUAGACCUAGAGGCUACACACAGGGCCGAUGCAUUGUAUGUGCUAGGCCCAAGUUUGUAUUCAGAUGAAAAUAUGCUUAAAUGAAAAAAAAAAAUCACUGAAGAGCCACAUUUAGCCUGAGAGUAGAAUGUAUGUGUUUUCCUCCGUGAUUAUAGCUUUUUUCUUGGCACUAUUUGCAUCACUCUUGGGGUAUAACAAUUAACAUUCCAUAUAAUGUUCCAAAAAUAGCUGUACCAAAGAUAUGCAAGCUCUGCAUGCAGUUGUGGAGGCAAAUUCAGGAGGAUAUUUGUAUUCCCCUUUCUUCCCUGAAAUCCUACCACUAGGAAAUCAUUCCCGUGAUUUAAAGUUCUAUCCCCUACACCAGUCAGCAGUCUUAGUUUAGCGAUAGGAAUCUUACUUGAAUUAGGUGAAAAAUCAGGGGGAAUUUAAUGGCUCAAUGUUAAAGUCCAGCAGACUGAAUGAGUUUUAGGUUGGGUGACUAUAUUCGUAUGUUUCAGUUUGCCUACUGUAGUCCCAAUUUCUGCUGGUCACCCAGACUUAAAAAGUACCAGCAGCCACUUUUACUUUCAAGUGUCCUGGUUUAGGACAAGAAUACAUGAUGAUGCUAGCUUAGGUCUAGUUAGAGCAACAAAUUCUAAGAAUGUUUCAGGAUUCUUUUUGUCUAUUUCCUGGCUCUUUGUGCUUCUGUGUUUCAGAUCAUUCUCAAAUUGGGUUUAGGUAGUCAGAAAGCCUCUAUUGGCCUCCCCAGUCCUAUAACCUGAUAAUCUAAUAGGAAGCGGGACUUCUUUUCUCUGAUCAUCCACAAGUCAAGUCUCACAAAUGAUUCUAAUUUUAGUUAUUGUUCCAGCAGGAAUCAGAAAGCAUGCUAAGUAUUUAAAAUAAAGAGAAUUUAAAGCAGACAGUUGAUUCUAUGGUGUUUAAAAAGCUGAGACAAAAUGAGGAAUGCUGAAAAAAAAAACAAACAAACAAACAAAAAAACAAACAACUCAGCAGCAAAAAGAGAAAGCCGAAACCUCUCUUAAAGAGAUAAAAGUAAGAAUUACCAGAGCCGGGGCAGAGGCUCAACCAGGGUGAACCAGGAGAGGGAGAGCAGAAAAGGACCUUGGCCUCACCCUUUCUCCUGCACUGCAGCCCCCAUCCAUCUCUCACUGGCUACAGCCAGCUAGAAGCCAGUAGAUUCCUGCUGUGAUUCAGAGUGCACCAGGGCCUGGAGACGGAAAGACUUGAGAGCAAACAUGCCCAGAACCAGCAUAUCCUGCUUGGGUUCUGUGCCCACAGGCAUUGUGUUGAGGAAAGAUUGGUCCAGCCUAGGUUACAUACCCACUGUGAAGUGGAGGGAUGGGGAAUGGCUUGGGUGACAGGUGCAUGGAGAAUGGGCACUCAUACCCAGGAAGGAAUGCUGGCAGCAGAAUGUUAAGGAGGUUCUACUGCAUUUGAUGACAAAAUGUAAAUACUCCCUGGGAAAUGACCUACUUUGAGGCUCAUCAUCAAUUCCCUUUUCUAAGCAGGGUAUGGAUUGAGUGAGAUGGGUAGGGACAGUAAGAAAUUAUUUGGUAUCACAGAAUUAGAGGAGUAAGAUAAAGGAAGAGAGGAGCAGAGGGUAGCUUACUUAAAAAAGAAAACAGAAUAUAAGAAAGAGAGAC